GGAAAUGAGUCACGGCAUCCUUUAACUUUCGGUUUGUUUAGCUGAAGUGACACCGAUGCACGUCUAAAACUGAAGCUCAAAUGCAGUGAGUCAGUGAAGGACAAUGGCAUCAGUUGAGCAGCAUUGUGACACACUAGUUGAGAAAGAAGAAGAAAAGGUGAAACACGAGCAAGUCAAAAUGAGCAGCAGUACUCACACUGGAGUCAGUGUUAAUGUGAGUGCUCAGAUGCAAUCAACUGUAAAUGCUACUGUACUCAGUGGAAACACCAUCUCAGGCCCAGUGACUAUCAACUACAACACUGCAGGAAAUGAGACACAAAAAAUCUCAGAGACCGAGAUGGCAGAGAAACAAGAUAUGAUUCUCAAAAAUUUUUUGGAAACUCACAAAUGCACCAUGAAGAGUAAAGCAGAAUGUAUUUUUGAGGGCCAAGAAGAAAAUGAAGCAGAUCUCAAGGCUGUUUACACAGAAAUCUUCAUCACAGAGGGAGAUAUGCAAGAUGUCAAUCGGCAACAUGAGAUUUUGAAUAUUGAUUACGCUUUCAACAACAAAGUACCACAGGACAAACCAAUCAAAUGCAAUGAUAUAUUUACUGAACUGAGAAAAAAAAAUCUGAACAAGAUUGUGCUGACCAAGGGCAUCGCUGGCAUUGGAAAAACAAUCUCUGUGCACAAGUUCAUCCUGGACUGGGCUGAAGGAAAAGCCAAUCAAGAUGUAGACUGUGUGUUCCUGCUUUUAUUCAGAGAGAUAAACUUGAUGGUUAAAGAUUUAACUCUUCACGAGCUUCUGCUGGAAUUUUAUCCUGAACUGAAGGACAUGGAGAAAACAAAGCUAUAUAACGAAUGCAAUCUAGCAUUUAUAUUUGAUGGACUUGAUGAGAGUCGUCUAGCUUUGGAGUUUACAAGUAUACCACCAACAAGAGACCCUGUUGAGAGUAAAUCAUCUGUAGAUGUGCUGUUUAUGAAUCUGGUCAAAGGGAAUCUGCUUCCAUCGGCUCUUGUCUGGGUGACCUCACGACCAGCAACAGCCAAUCAAAUCCCUCGUCAAUACGUAGGAUUGUUCACAGAGGUGCGAGGAUUCACUGACCAGCAUAAGGAGGAGUACUUCAGGAAGAGAAUCACAGAUGAGACCGUGGCCUCCAGAAUCAUCUCGCACAUUAAGACGUCUCGUAGUCUCUACAUCAUGUGCCACAUUCCUGUCUUCUGCUGGAUCACAGCCACAGUACUUCAGGAUAUUCUCAUUGAGAACAGUGCAGAGAACAUCAGCACAACACUCACUGAAAUGUACAUCCACUUCAUGCUGAUACAGAUGAACAUCAAGAAUCAGAAAUAUGAAGAACAAGGAGAAAUAGAAUGUUCAAAGCACUUACAAUCAAAUAGAGAGAUGAUUUUGAAGUUAGCGAAGCUAGCGUUUGAAAAGCUGAAGGAUAAAACAUUUGUGUUUGAGGAGAAAGAUUUGAAAGCAUGUGGUAUUGAUGUAAGUAAAGACACUGAGUUCACAGGAAUGAUUGCUGAGAUCCUUCAGAAGAAAAAUGUUUUUUACUACAAGAAGGUUUUCAGCUUUGUUCAUCUGAGUGUUCAAGAGUUCCUCGCUGCAGUGCAUGUGUUCAUCUGUUACCUGAACAAGAACAUGCAGGAGCUUCAGUUUUUCUUUGAUGAGCCAGAAGAAAGUAUUACUUUGCAGGAGCUACUGCAGAAGGCUAUUGCUAAAGCCAUAUUGAGUAAAGGAGGACAUCUGGACCUGUUUCUGCGGUUUCUGAUGGGCAUUACACUGGAAUCCAGUCAAGACCUGCUCCAAGGUCUGAUCACACACACUGAAGACACCACAGAGAGCAUCAAAAAAACAACUAAAUACAUCAAACAAGUACAAGAUGGCUACACGAUCUCAGAUGAAGCUUCAGUCAACCUAUUUUACUGCUUACUUGAGCUGAAGGAUCAUUCGUUAUAUGAAGAAAUUCAGAGCUACAUCAGUUCAAAUGAACAUCAAGAAAGAAAACUCUCAUCUUCAAAGUGCACUGUGCUAACCUACAUAAUGCUGAUGUCAGAGAAGGUGCUGGAUGAGUUCAACCCAAGGAGGUUCACGUCAUCACAAGAAAAUUACCAGAGAUUCGUUCCAGUUGUGAGAUGCUGCAGGAAGGCCCUAUUUGACAGCUGUGGUCUUGAUAAAACAUGCUGGGAAACUGUAUCUUCAGCUCUUCAAUCAUCAGACUCCCAUCUGACAGAGCUGGACCUGAGUAGCAAUGACCUGACAGAUUCAGGUGUGAAGCUACUUUCUGAUGGACUGAAGAAAAACUGUAAUAUGGAGAUACUGAGGCUGUGUGGCUGUAAUCUCACUGUUCAGUCCUGUGAAAGUUUGUCGUCAGCUCUACAAUCCUCAAACACUGUCCUGAAAGAGCUGGACCUGAAUAACAAUGACCUGAAGGAUUCUGGAGUGGAGAUCCUUUCUAAUGGACUGAAGAGUCCAGUCUGUAAACUGGAGAUACUGAGAGUUUCCAUAUGUAAUCUCACUGCUCAAUCUUGUGAGAGUUUGUCAUCAGUUUUACAAUCCUCAAUCUCCUGUCUGAGAGAACUGGACCUGAGUAACAAUGACCUGACAGAUUCAGGUGUGAAGCUACUUUCUGAUGGACUGAAGAAAAACUGUAAUUUGGAGAUACUGAGGUUGUCUGGUUGUAUGGUGACGAAGGAAGGCUGUGGAUAUUUGUCUUCAGCAUUGAGUUCAAACCCCUCACAUCUGAGAAUGCUGGAUCUGAGCUACAAUCACCCAGGGGAUUCAGGAGUCAAGCUGCUGAACCAUCCAAACUGCACACUGGACAAAAACAUGGAUAAUGGAGGAGAAUCCAGGAUUACAGCAGGACUAAAAAAAUAUGCCUGUUUUCUCACACUGGAUCCAAACACAGCAAACAAUAAUUUAAGUAUGUCCGAGGAGAACAGGAAGGUGACAUACAAGGAUAAAGGCCAGUCAUAUCCUGAUCAUCCAGAGAGAUUUGAUGUGUACCAGAUUCUGUGUAGAGAGAGUCUGACUGGACGCUGUUACUGGGAGGCUGAAUGGAGUGGAGCUGAGGCUGUUAUAUCAGUGACAUACAAAGGAAUCGGCAGGAAAGGACGUAGACGUGACUGUAUGCUUGGACGCAAUCAAAUCUCCUGGAGCCUGUUGUGCACUGAAGCCAAGUUCACUAUGCGUCAUAAUUAUAGUUCAGUUGAUAUAUCUGUUCCUUCACUCUCUUCUAAUAGAGUAGGAGUGUAUGUGGACAUGUCAGCCGGCAUUUUGUCCUUCUACAGUGUCUCUGACACACACACGCUCACACACUUACACACACUCAACACUGCAUUCACUGAGCCUCUCUAUGCUGGGUUUGGAGUUUAUGAUUUUAACUCAGUGUCUCUGUGUGAUGUUAGCAGCCUCUGCAAAGAGCCUCCUGUUAGAAACUAGAGAGACGCAUAACCGGCUGAGUUAUCAGAGAUGAAGAUAACUUUUAAAUCUUUUCUUUGCUUUCAUGUGUAUAUAAACCUCUACUCGUCUCUGUCCAAGAAUGAACUGAAAUGAAAACAUUUAGCUUUUAAUCCGUGUGUGUGUUUAAUAACAAUAGCAUUCAGUAAGAGCCGUUGUGUAAAGGUCUUUCUUGUAAUUUUGAAUGCGUAGACUGUAGCCCAAGAAUAUCCCAUUGUUUUGAAAUUAACUCACUGUAAUUUCUCUAAUGGUUUUUAAGUACAGUAGGUGGCCAUCCAAAAUGUCCCUUCUACCGCCGCAUGUACUGCCGCCUUGGAGUCUGUUAAGUGCAUUUAUAGCUUUUGACCACUGAGUGGCGCUUUAACCACAAGUUAUCAAACAAGUGCAUCAAAGCACAUUUUCGCUAAUAGAUUUUGCCUAGCUGAUGUGUUACAUUUGACGGCUUAAUAUUCACAGAUUAAAGUUUAGCUGCUUCUUAUGAAUUUUCUUGUGUUUCUUGGAACAAAUUCAAGAAGUAUAAAUGUCAAGCCUAUGAGCCUGUGCUUAUUUUUUAUAUUACACCAUAUUUUAGAUUUGACUUUAGAUGUAAUAGGUGUGCAGUAUUAUUUAUAUAAAAUUAACUAUGUGUUAUAACAUCCUAAAGAAAUUGUGGUUUACUUUGCAUCAGAGCAUUAAAGUAGAAUUAAAGUAGAAGCCUAUUUUAGUGAGCUAAGCUACAUCGAUUUACAGUAUAUGCAAAUAUGAAUUUAUAUGCAUCUUUAUUAUUUAAUGCAAAAGGGAAUUAUUAAAAACAAGUUCAUAAAAGUCAUGCAUCCAUUUAAUCUUGUUUAAGAACUAAUGAUCAAUUAAUUGGAAUGGCAUCGACUGAAGAUCAUUUUAAAACAUCAAAUAGCCUAAUAAAAUAAAGGUUAUAACUGCAUCUGUCAUGUGCUCUACUAUUAUUUAUAUUCAAGUAUUUGUGUGAAAAUUAUUAAUGCGUGUGCAUGACUUGCAAUCACUUGUUUUUUUUCCUGAUAAUGAAAUAACUUAAAAUUGGGGCAUCUCACAUACAUGAGUAAUAUAUCUACAGAAAGCUUGAAAUGUCUACUUUUGAACAAACCAAUUCAGAAUGAAAGCAUUAUGUAAUCUGUGAAGGUUGCAUUUCUUGCAUUUCUUUCUAAAGGCGCAUCCAUGUGGAGAGUCAGCACUGAAAAUUUCAUCUUGCAUUUGUUUAUUAAUAAAUAAUUAAAAUGUCCUUUUUCACAAUUAUAAGGCUACUUCUGCCUGUGCUUUGUGGCAAACUUAAUGCAUGUGCUUGAGUGUAUUUCAACCCCCACAAGCUAUACAGAACAAACCCCAACCCCCUCCAGUUGGUCUGUUUUUUGGUUGGUUGAAAUAUCCUGCCUGCACUCACAGCAGCCCUACUCGAUUCCUGUUUAAAAUGGGACAAGAACCUUUAUAUCAAACAUUUUUCAAUUGUUCACAAAAGAGCAAAGCGGGAGGCAUGUUCUGCCCCAGAGCACACAAAGUGAAUGUGGAUGCACAAUUUUUAGAAGGGAGGAGGCUUUUUUUAUUUCUUAAAGUAAUUUUCAGAUGCAAUGGAAAAAAAUGGGAUAAACACAAACACGAAACUUG